AUGGCCACCACCGCGCAGUACCUGCCGCGGGGCCCCGGCGGCGGAGCGGGGGGCACCGGGCCCCUGAUGCACCCGGACGCCGCGGCGGCGGCGGCGGCGGCGGCGGCGGCGGCGGCCGAGCGGCUGCACGCGGGGGCCGCGUACCGCGAAGUGCAGAAGCUGAUGCACCACGAGUGGCUGGGCGCGGGCGCGGGCCACCCCGUGGGCCUCGCGCACCCCCAGUGGCUGCCCGCGGGCGGCGGCGGCGGCGGCGGCGACUGGGCCGGCGGGCCGCACCUGGAGCACGGCAAGGCGGGCGGCGGCGGCGGCGGCGCCGGCCGGGCCGACGACAGCGGCGGCGGCGGCGGCUUCCACGCGCGCCUGGUGCACCAGGGGGCGGCCCACGCGGGCGCGGCCUGGGCGCAGGGCGGCGCGGCGCACCACCUGGGCCCCGCCAUGUCGCCGUCGCCGGGGGCCGGCGGGGGCCACCAGCCGCAGCCGCUCGGGCUGUACGCCCAGGCGGCCUACCCCGGGGGCGGCGGCGGCGGCCUGGCGGGCAUGCUGGCGGCGGGCGGCGGCGGCGCGGGGCCCGGGCUGCACCACGCGCUGCACGAGGACGGCCACGAGGCGCAGCUGGAGCCGUCGCCGCCGCCGCACCUGGGCGCCCACGGACACGCACACGGACAUGCCCACGCGGGCGGCCUGCACGCGGCGGCGGCGGCGGCGGCGCACCUGCACCCGGGCGCGGGCGGCGGCGGCGGCGGCUCGUCGGUGGGCGAGCACUCGGACGAGGACGCGCCCAGCUCGGACGACCUGGAGCAGUUCGCCAAGCAGUUCAAGCAGCGGCGCAUCAAGCUGGGCUUCACGCAGGCCGACGUGGGGCUGGCCCUGGGCACGCUCUACGGCAACGUGUUCUCGCAGACCACCAUCUGCCGCUUCGAGGCCCUGCAGCUGAGCUUCAAGAACAUGUGCAAGCUCAAGCCGCUGCUCAACAAGUGGCUGGAGGAGACCGACUCGUCCAGCGGCAGCCCCACCAACCUGGACAAGAUCGCGGCGCAGGGCCGCAAGCGCAAGAAGCGCACGUCCAUCGAGGUGGGCGUCAAGGGCGCGCUCGAGAGCCACUUCCUCAAGUGCCCCAAGCCCUCGGCGCACGAGAUCACCGGCCUGGCCGACAGCCUGCAGCUGGAGAAGGAGGUGGUGCGCGUCUGGUUCUGCAACCGGCGGCAGAAGGAGAAGCGCAUGACCCCCGCGGCCGGCGCGGGACACCCGCCCAUGGACGACGUCUACGCCCCGGGCGAGCUGGGGCCCGGGGGAGGCGGCGCGUCGCCCCCUUCUGCGCCCCCGCCGCCGCCCCCGCCGGCCGCGCUGCACCAUCACCAUCACCACACGCUGCCCGGCUCGGUGCAGUGA